GGAUGGGCGAGCCAGGAAGGGACUAGACAACGUAGAGAGUGAGGGAGGGGUACCGGCAGGUGCGACCAAGAAGCUAAGGUAAUGCGACCACAACUAAGAUCAGAAGGUUCCGGAUAGAUCUUAAGGACAGACUGGAAGGCAUUCUGGGGACAAGGGUAAUGGGGAACCCGGACGGAAAAUGGAGCAGGUGAAGCACUGGGCGCGAGUGGAGCUGCAGAGACCGGAGUUGGAGAGGAGACAGAGAUCGGCCUCCUGGUGUCCGGGGGUCUCCGCGGGGGACAUCUCUACACUGUUCCCAUCCGGGAACAGGGCAACAUCUACAAGCCCAACAACAAGGCCAUGGCAGACGAGGUGAAUGAGAAGCAAGUGUAUGACGCGCACACCAAGGAGAUCGACCUGGUCAACCGCGACCCCAAGCAUCUCAAUGACGACGUGGUUAAGAUUGACUUCGAAGAUGUGAUUGCAGAACCAGAAGGAACUCACAGUUUUGACGGCAUCUGGAAGGCCAGCUUCACCACCUUCACAGUGACGAAGUACUGGUUUUACCGCUUACUGUCUGGCCUCUUUGGCAUUCCAAUGGCACUCAUCUGGGGCAUUUACUUUGCCAUCCUCUCUUUCCUGCACAUCUGGGCAGUGGUACCAUGCAUUAAGAGCUUCCUGAUUGAGAUUCAGUGCAUCAGCCGUGUCUAUUCCAUCUACGUCCACACCUUCUGUGACCCAUUCUUUGAAGCUGUUGGUAAAAUCUUCAGCAACAUCCGUGUCAACAUGCAGAAAGAAAUAUGAAUGACAUUUCAAGGAUAGAAGUAUACCUGAUUCUUUUUUUUUUCUUUUUAAUUUUCUUGGUGCCGAUUUCAAGUUUCAAGUUGCUAGUACAGCAAGCCUUCAUGAAUGAAUUAUCUUGGUUCAGAACAAAAAAAUCACUAUCUCUUCUGAGCUAUUUCAUCUGGGGUUUUUUGGCAGUCUGAAUUUUUUAAACCCAUUUAAUUCUUUGUCUUUACCUUUUUUAUUUGCGUGUGGAUCGAUCAUUGUUUUAUGGACUAAAAUAUGAAAAUAUUAUUGAAAAAUAUUUGAGAAAAAUAUGAAGAAUGAAGGAGAAAAAAAAAGAACCAAUAACCUCAAUUGCCUGCUUUAAAAUGUUGAUCAUUUUAUGGGAAGGGAAGAAUUCCAGGUUAUGGAAAUUGAGUGUACAGGUUUGUGGGCAGAUCUUAAAGCAAACUUUUUCUCCAACAUCUGAAGAGUUAGUGGAUCACUGCCAUUCAUUUUAAUGACCCAGUGGGAUCUAAUGAUCUGUGUCAAGUUAGGAAACAUAAUCUUCUGCAUUCACAUGAUUCAACUAAUGCCUUACUCUUCUUGAAAUUUUAACCUACAAUAGUAUCUGUACCUAAAUAUUUGUUAUAUAUUACAGAUAACGAGACCUAAGUGCCCUCCUGUUUUGUUUUUGUUAUUGUUUUUUUUACAUUUUCCUUUUCAAAUAGGAUCUAAUUCAUCAACUUUCGCUAAGUCUCUCUAAAGAUCGGAAUUAGAAAAUCCAUUAGCUAGAUCUCCAUGCUUGUCUCUACUCUGAGAGAAGAGUCCGGUGAAGCUCCUGUCUGCACUUGAUCAUGCGGCAUCUUUCUCCACAACACGUAUGGUGGACAUUAGCCUGAUGAAACAAAUUAAAGUGGACAAAUGGGGCUGAGCCUCUCUGGGCUGGCAGGAGUGGAAGCCAACUUUCCCUGCCUCUCAUCAGCUGAAUGAGGUCAGCAUGUCUAUUCAGCUUCAUUUAUUUUCAAGAAUAAUCACGCUUUUCUGAAUCCAAACUAAUCCAUCACUGGGGUGGUUUAGUGGCUCAACAUUGUGCUCCCUUUUCAGCUGAUCAGUGGGCCUCCGGGGAAGGGCUGUCAAAGUGGAGGCCAUUGUGUGAGACUGUCAGAGUUGUUGCAAACAUGACCCUUCUAAGUAAAGCACUUGCAACCGUCUGUUAUGCUGUGACAUGCGGCCCCUCCCCCUGGCCAGGAGCUUUGGACCUAGCUAGUCCAAGCAUCACUUAGUUUAGAGAGAAGAUGGGGGAGGAGGCGAUAAUAAAAGAUGGAGGUAAUUUUGCUGGAAUCAGUUCAAAUUCUUAUGAACUCAAACUGAGGAAUUUCACCUGUAAACCUGAGUCAUACAGAAAGCUUCCUGGUACAGCCAAAAGCUUUUUAUUCCUCCUGCUCAUAUUGUGAUUCUGCUCUUCGGGACUUUUUUUUUUUUAACCUUCAGUUAUGCUUUUAUUUUUAUUUUCAUACGCUCAAUUUUUUUUUUUUUUUUGCUUCUUCCAAUUUUCCUGACACUUUAAUUACCAACCUGUCGUUACCUACUUUAAUUUUUUUUUUUUUUUGCAUUUAAAACAGACACUGGCAUGGACAUAGUUUUACUUUUAAACUGUGUACAUAACUGAAAAUGUACUAUACUGCAUACUUUUUAAAUGUAAAGAUAUUUUUAUCUUUAUAUGCGGAAAAUCACUUGGGAAAUGGCUUUGUGAUGCAAUCUGUAAACUGUGUAUCCCAAGACAUGUCUGUUUAUAUAGAUGCUUAGUGCCUGAUGCAAAUCAAAUGCUGGUCCAAAAAACUGCUGAAAUUUUAUAUGCUUACUGAUAUAUUUUACACUUUUUUUAUCCUGCAUGUCCUAUAAAUGUUACAAGUCUCCACAAUAAAAAUGUUUAACAGUUCAA